AUGUGGAUAUCGGGAACUUUGAUAGCGGUGCUCACGAGUGCUGUGAUCCUGCACUUUCUGAAACAACUCUGGUCACACAAGAACUAUCCUCCAGGGCCUCUUCGGCUUCCUAUCAUUGGAAGCGUUUGGCGGAUAUUGAUAAACUUUUCUCUGGAUACUUUCAUUAAGCUAGCAAAGCAAUAUGGAAACGUUUACACCAUAUGGGCAGGGAGCUUGCCUGUGGUGGUAAUGUCUGGAUUCGAAGCAGUAAAAGAAGCUACAAUCAACCAUUCAGCAGAUUUUGAUGAGCGACCAGUGUCGCCCUUCUUUGAAGCCUUCGGAAAACAAAAAGGUAUUAUAUUGUCAAAUGGCCACACCUGGAGACAACAAAGGAAGUUUGGGCUAGUUACCCUGCGGAAGCUGGGGCUGGGGAAGAAAGGCAUAGAGCACCAAAUAGAAGAGGAGGCCCAUCAGCUUGCUCAGACCUUUGCAGAUGCAAAAGGCCAACCAGUUGACGCUAUGUUACUCAUCACUAAUUGUGUUACCAAUGUGAUCUGUGCUCUCACCUUUGGUCAGCGGUUUUCAGUUGGAGAUGAAGAAUUCCACAAGUUGAGAGAUGCCUUAUUUGAUCUUGUAAAUUUUUCAGGCACCCUUUUCCAUGUUCUGUACGACCUCUUCCCAUGGCUCCUGAAACAUCUCCCAGGACCUCACAAGAAGGGUAUUGCCGGACGUGAUUUUAUAGCUUCCUUUGCGAGGAAGGAGAUACAAAAGCAUAAGGUGCACAAGGCCACGCACGAGCCACAGGAUUUCACUGACUACUAUCUACUUCAGAUAGAUAAAAACAAGAGGGACCCCAAUUCUACCUACAAUGAAGAGAACUUGGUGCAGUGCAUUGUAGACCUGUUCGCUGCAGGCACAGAAACGACGACCACGACACUUAACUGGGCAUUGCUCAUGAUGGCAAAUUAUCCAGAUGUUCAAGAAAAAGUCCAGAAGGAGAUAGAUGACAUUUUUGGUUCCUCAGCAAUGUUUUCCUACCAAGAUCGGAAGAAAGUGCCCUACACCAAUGCUGUGAUUCAUGAGAUCCAGCGUUUCAAAUAUAUCUUAUUGUUUGGAGUCCCCAGACAAUGUUCAAAGGAUGUGAACCUGUUUGGUUUUUUCAUUCCAAAGGGGGCCACUGUUAUUACAGAUCUCCGCUCUGUUCUUCUUGACCCUAAGCAUUGGGAGAAACCUCAUGAGUUCAACCCAAAUCAUUUUUUGGACAAGGAUGGAAAUUUUGUGGAGAGAGAAGCAUUCCUUCCAUUUGGAGCAGGGGCCCGUGUGUGUCUGGGGGAGCAGCUGGCAAGGAUCGAAAUCUUCAUCAUCUUCACCAGGUUGUUGAGGACGUUCACCUUUCGGCCACCAGAAGGAAUGAAAAAAAUCAAAGAAGAACCUGUAGUACGAUUGACUACCCCUCCCUAUCCUUAUAAGAUCUGCGCCAUUCCCCGCAACAGUGGCUCAUAAGCCAUAAAUG